AUGGCGUUGUACAUAAUGGAAUACAAGAACCGCUAUCGGAAACGGCGACGAAGUCGCGUAUUCAGCACAUGCGUCAGUGCGGCCGUCGUUGAACAGGGCGACUACAUCAAACAUCCUGUACUGUACGAGCUAAGCCACAAGUACGGCUUGCCGGACAAUGUGUCCGACCAUCUAUUACCCGAUCGCCUCGAGGAGAUUAAAGAGGCCAUUCGUCGUGAGAUCCGCAAAGAACUUAAGAUAAAGGAGGGUGCCGAGAAGUUGCGUGAAGUCGCCACGGAUCGCCGUUCGCUCUCCGAUGUUGCUUCAAUUGUUAAGAAAAGCAACAACAAACUGGCCGAACUUAAGUCAGAGCUGCACGAACUGGAAAGUCAAAUAAUCCUCACUCAGGGGAACAGUGUCUGCAAUAAUGGGGGCUAUGAUCCCAUUUUGUCCACCGUUAUUCCGAGUGGGCCAGAAUUAACAGCUAACGAUAAGCUACUCAUCUCACUCGAGAAGCAGCUUAGCAUUGAAACGAAGGUAAAGAAUGGUGCCGAAAACAUGAUCCAAUCGAUCUCUAGUGGUCAUCAUGGUCGCGAUAAGAAAUUGCUAGCCGAGGCACAUCAGAUGUUGGCAGACUCGAAAGCAAAAAUAGAAUACCUACGACUAAAGAUCUUGAAAGUGCGUCAAAACAAACUAAGUUGCAAAGUUUCGGAAGAAAAUGGGGGCGAAUCAACGACAGCGAUCAGACAACCUCAAGAACUUGAAACGUCACUGGAUGAUCGAAUUGAGGAGCUGCGUCAUCGGCUUCGUAUCGAAGCGGCCGUCGUGGAUGGAGCGAAGAACGUUAUUCGUACGCUCCAGAGUACCAAGACGAUUGAUAAAAAGGCACUACAAGAGGCUCAAGGUCGCUUAUCGGAUUCAUCUCGUAAGCUAGACCUGCUGCGGAAGGCAUUAGAUCUACGACGACUAGAACUUCCACCAGAUUGUCACACGGCACAACAGCUAAAAGCGGAACUUCAAAAUGUACAAGCAUCCAGCCCUGGCCCCGUGCAGUACACGAUGCGUAACUCCUUCCGUGGAAGUGCACAGGGUCGACCGGCACAGAGUCAUCAAUCAUUUAGUCGGUGCGCCACCGUCACCGGUAAACUGGAAGUACGACUAAUGGGCUGUCAGGAUUUGUUGGAAGACGUGCCUGGUCGAUCGCGUCGUGACAAGGAUGCUGGUUCAUCCAGUCCGGGUGAUCUGAAAAGUUUCGUCAAGGGUGUCACUAGCCGCAGUUCUUCGAAGAGUUACAGUGUCAAGGACGAAACGUCAUCGGAAAUUAUGGCGGUGAUCAAGCUAGAUAACAUCACCGUAGGACAGACAUCGUGGCGCCCUUGUUCACAGCAGGCUUGGGAUCAGCGGUUCAGCAUCGACUUGGAUAGAUCGCGUGAACUAGAAAUUGGCGUGUAUUGGCGCGACUGGCGCUCGCUAUGUGCGUUCAAAUUCUUACGUCUAGAAGAGUUUAUCGACGACAUUCGGCACGGUAUGGCGUUACAGCUUGAACCGCAAGGUGUGCUGUUUGCCGAGAUCAAGUUCCUCAAUCCGAUGAUCUCCCGCAAGCCGAAACUGCAACGUCAGCGCAUGAUCUUCAACAAGCAGCAGGUGAAGAACAUUCCGCGCGCCAAGCAAAUGAACAUCAACGUUGCCACCUGGGGUCGACUGCUGAAGCGCAACACUUCGGGCAGUACACCGACAUCGUCUGGACCUGGUAUACUUACCAGCACACCCUCGCCGGGAACGACAACAGCUGUUUCGGCUAUGUUAGCAAACCAGACGUCGGGAUCUUCAGUGACAACCCUUUCCACACCGGGAUCGGUCAUAUUGUCGUACGAUCCACUGCAGGACGAUCCUGUGGAAACAUUGGGAGAAUCGGCGGAUCAUAACGUAAUUGGACUAGGAGGUGGUCGUCCUCUCGGUAUCCACGGUGUCGGCGUACUGCCAGAAAGUCCAUCGUCCCACUCGCUACAAAACCAGGGAACACCAACGGUGGGACGUCCCAUUCCUUCACCUCAAUCUAUCAGCACACCAUCCAGCUUUCGACAGAAAAAGCAGCCGACACCAUUACCACGGCAAGCGACACCACCAAAAAUCGACCCCGAGCUGGAGUACGCAUUAAGCAAAUUCGAUUUCCUUCACCAGCACGAUAGUCUUAUUGGUGUUAGUUUGUACGAUAAACAGCAGCAGCAACAAAAGCAGGAGUCGCAGGUAGUUGCGAUAAACAUUAGUGAUAGCAACCAUACCACCCGUAACGAUGUCGCUGACGACGAUAUGCCACCGUUGCCUUCGACUCCGCCGCCAACGCUGCGUUCCUUCGGCGAUAGCCACCCGGCCGUGAUACCAGUUAUAUUACAGAAGUCCCUGUCUGGUGAUUUGCUACGGCCCGUGUUGUCGAUGCCACCACCGAUUAUUUAUGGUGGGUACAAUCGCGACAGUUAUUACAGCAACAUAUCGUCGACAAGCAGUCCGAUCGUGGAGGAACCGCCAUCACCUGCGUCAAGUCAUCAGCCGCAGUGUGCACCGUUCCAGGACGACGUUAUAUACGACAAUAUUAUUGAGAUACUGCCGUUUGAACAGCUUACGAUCGGUGGAAACGUGGAGCCACCGCCUCUGCCACCCCAUCAUCACCAUCCAUCGGCAACGUUGGCAACCCAACAGGCUUCCCUUGCUACCGCAGCCGCACUUCAAGUUCAACAGCAACAACAAAUCUACCAGCAAAAGCAGCUUUUGUUGAAACAACAGCAACAACAGCAGCUACCGUCAGUAUCGUCGCCACUGCCGCAACAUGUUGGACAAGCUUCUAGUUCUGCCAGUAUUGUAGAUGUUGGAGGCGUUGGAGCGAUGGCAGCGGGCUUUGCGGGGCCCCCGGUGAAUCGUCGCGCGGGUCCAGCAGUCCGCACCCUCCAGUACCGGGACAGUGCGUACGAAAGCCGCCGACAGUCACAAGCACAAUCCGGCGCAGUUAUGUCCAUGGACAGUUUCCAACUGCUGAGCGUACUCGGUCGCGGCCACUUUGGCAAGGUAAUACUGGCGCAGUACAAAAAUACGGGUGAAUAUUUCGCCAUCAAGGCGCUGAAGAAGGGUGAUAUAAUUGCGCGCGACGAGGUAGAAUCGUUGUUGAGCGAGAAACGCAUUUUCGAAGUCGCAAACACAAUGCGUCAUCCAUUCCUGGUGAACCUGUUCUCUUGCUUCCAGACAGAUCAACACGUCUGCUUCGUGAUGGAAUAUGCGGCCGGCGGUGAUCUGAUGAUGCACAUCCACACGGACGUAUUCUCGGAACCGCGAGCCGUCUUCUAUGCGGCCUGUGUUGUGCUCGGUUUGCAAUAUCUGCACGAAAGUAAAAUUAUAUACCGUGAUCUCAAGCUUGACAAUCUUCUGCUGGAUACGGAAGGUUAUGUGAAGAUCGCAGAUUUUGGCCUGUGUAAAGAGGGUAUGGGAUUCGGAGAUCGUACGGGUACGUUUUGCGGGACGCCAGAAUUCCUGGCACCGGAAGUGCUCACCGAAACUUCUUAUACCCGUGCUGUCGAUUGGUGGGGCUUGGGUGUGCUGAUCUUCGAAAUGCUCGUAGGAGAGUCACCAUUUCCGGGCGAUGAUGAGGAGGAAGUGUUCGAUUCGAUCGUAAACGAUGAAGUUCGCUAUCCACGGUUCUUGUCGCUGGAAGCAAUCGCGAUCAUGAGAAGGUUGCUGCGCAAGAAUCCAGAACGCCGACUCGGUUCAUCAGAGCGUGAUGCCGAAGAUGUUAAACGUCAAGCCUUCUUCCGUAACAUCGUCUGGGACGACCUAUUGCUCAGAAAGGUGAAACCGCCGUUUGUGCCAACGGUUCGCUCACCGGAAGAUGUUUCCAACUUUGAUGAGGAGUUUACGUCCGAAAAGCCAGCUCUAACGCCGCCGAAAGAUCCCCGUGCUCUUACUGACACCGAACAAACCUACUUCAAGGACUUCACAUAUAUGGCCGAUUGGUGUUGA